AUGAUGAUCGAUCAAUCAUCAUCAUCAUCAUCAUCAACAUCUACAACAUCUACAACAUCUACAACUACGACUACAACUACUACUACAACAACUUUGAACAACAACAAGACUACACCAUCUUCACAGUCACCUCCAUCAUCACCUCUCAAGUCAAAGAUCAAUGUACGCUCAACACUGCAAAGUGAAUAUAAGAAGAUCAGAUUAGAGAUGCCAGGCAGCAGUGGAGGAGAGCCUACGACGGAGCAGCAACUCGAGUUGUCUGCAGACGAGGAAGAACAGCUGGUCAAAGAACUGGAGGAGUAUCUCGCCAAUGAGGAAAAGGAGAUGCUCAAUGAGUAUGACCUGAUGCUUCAACAAGAACAAGAUGAGCUUGAAUACUACAUGUCACUUAACAACAACAAUAGUUAG